UCUCUAUAACCGAUUGCUGUCUAAAUUUAUAAAUAAUAUAUGGCAAGAGGAGGAGGAGUAGGAUGGAAAUUGGUAAUAUGUUUGGAUAGGGGACAUUUUUCAAUUUGGUCAGUCUUUGAGUUGUUCUUGUCGUACCAACAAGAUUUUGGAAUAAUUUUGUUUUUUAAAUAAUAGAAAAAUGGCAGAGGCAGGAGAUCAACAAAUGCAAUUACUCAAAAGAGCAUUUUCCAUGUUCGAUACGGCAAAAAGGGGAGCGAUCGAUUGCGAAAAAGUCAGAACAAUUUUGACCACUCUGGGACACACUUACGACGACAAAGAACUGGAAAAGAUGCUGGAAGACGAAGAUCCGGAAGGAAAUGGCUCGGUAAACUUCGACUCGUUCUGCAGAGUGGCUUCGCACUUUUUGGAAAACGAAGACGAAGAAGCCUUGCAAAAAGAACUAAAAGAAGCCUUCAGGUUGUAUGAUAAAGAAGGUAACGGCUACAUACCUAUUUCAAGUCUAAGAGAAAUCCUUGCAGCUUUAGAUGAUCAACUCACCAAUGAUCAAUUGAAUGAAAUGAUUGCAGAAAUCGAUACAGAUGCUUCAGGAACUGUCGAUUUUGACGAAUUCAUGGAAAUGAUGACUGGGGAUUAAACCAACCAUAAUCUAUAAGCCUAUGUAAUAUUAAUGUAUUUAUUCUAAAAAUGAAUUUGAUUGUUUAGUUAUAA